GGGAAGGGCGGCCGGUGCAGCCGCGGCUGCCAUCUUAGCAACUCCUGGCGUUGCGGCCUUGUGGUUUUAAGCGGCCUUCGUGGCGGCCGUUGACCUCAGGGAGCGGCACGAAGUCAUCUGGGUAACAGCUGCCCUCUCCCCGGUCUCCACAGGACGACCAGCCCGAGUCCGGAGGCGAAGGCGAGGGUAGCCGGGCACGUGCAGGGCCCGAAGCCAGCGGUUGGUCACAGCGUCUCCCGGAAGGAUGGGCCGGUCUCGGAGCCGCAGCUCGUCCCGCUCCAAACACACCAAGAGCAGCAAACACAACAAGAAGCGGAGCCGGUCGCGGUCGCGGUCUCGGGACAAGGAGCGCGUGCGGAAGCGCUCCAAAUCCCGGGAAAGUAAACGGAACCGGCGGCGGGAGUCGCGCUCGCGCUCGCGCUCCACCAACACGGCCGUGUCCCGGCGCGAGCGGGACCGGGAGCGCGCGUCGUCCCCGCCCGACCGCAUCGACAUCUUCGGGCGCACGGUGAGCAAGCGCAGCAGCCUGGACGAGAAGCAGAAGCGAGAGGAGGAGGAGAAGAAAGCGGAGUUCGAGCGGCAACGAAAAAUUCGGCAGCAAGAAAUAGAAGAAAAACUCAUCGAGGAAGAAACAGCACGAAGAGUAGAAGAAUUGGUGGCAAAAAGGGUAGAGGAAGAAUUGGAGAAAAGGAAGGAUGAAAUUGAGCGAGAAGUUCUCCGAAGGGUGGAGGAAGCCAAGCGCAUCAUGGAAAAGCAGUUGCUCGAAGAACUCGAGCGACAGAGACAAGCUGAGCUUGCAGCACAAAAAGCCAGAGAGGAGGAAGAACGUGCAAAACGUGAGGAGCUAGAGCGAAUACUAGAAGAGAAUAACCGAAAAAUUGCAGAAGCACAAGCCAAACUGGCUGAAGAGCAGUUGAGAAUUGUUGAAGAACAAAGAAAGAUUCAUGAGGAAAGGAUGAAACUAGAACAAGAGCGACAGCGUCAACAAAAAGAAGAACAAAAAAUUAUCCUGGGCAAGGGGAAGUCCAGGCCAAAACUGUCCUUCUCAUUAAAAACCCAGGAUUAAAUUGCAAACUCUGAACUUUUUACAAAGAAAAAUGGAGAAACUUUGUAUGGUAGCUUCAUGUUGAAGUGGUUUUUUUGUUUUGUUUUCGUUUUUUUAAUUUGGAAAAUCUGGAAAGUUAGCUUGUUCUAAUAGGGGCUAUGCUCUGCAAUUCCUUUUUCCCCCUCCCUCCCCUUAACUUUCAUUAAGUCAAAUCCUUAUCAGAUCAUUGCUGUCUUCUGAAAAGUGAUAUAUUUUCACUGGUUGGAUUCUGUGUUAGUGGUCUGAAACAGAGAUCACUUUGAAACUGUGGAUGAUCUGAUACGGUUUUUACGGACCCACUGACUUCAGAGUUAGACUCUGUUGACUACAUCAUAAUGCUGGUUUUGCUGACUUUUUGUUUUUUUAUAUAUUUAUAAAAAAAGAAAAAGUUGGUAAUUGCAUUGGAAGCGCCCAGGGUGUUACUGGACCUUUGUGUGGUGUAUUGUUAACCAGUGUCUUCGAGAUACUGUUGCUCUUGAUGUUCCUGACACAGGUAAGGAAACAGUCGGUCAGCUCUGAUACAAAACACACAUAAACAAUUCAGUAUUGUCUGUUCAGUUUGUUUUUAUUUCAUUGACAAAAUCAAACCAGCAUUCCCCCUUGUGUAAAUAAAUGAUUUUGCUGAAUAAAGUCAAGUCUUAAAUUCA